CAGAGCUCUGCGCUCAGACGCUCACAGCGGUGUGGAGAAAAUGUUUACCAGCGCUGGACUUUGUUCCCGAAGCCAUUCUGAGUGUCUGAACGCAUGCAGACGGAGAGAAGAUCGACAGAAGUGAAGAAAACAAACAUGGAGAGCAGAAGAUCACAGGGAGAGAGAGGAUGGAGGCACGCUUCUAGCUGAAUGCACGGACUGAAUUGUGAGAUGAAUCUGCCGUGCAGCUGCAGGACGAGGACCAGGACGAGUGUGUGUCGUCUGUGUCUGCUGCUGUCUCUGCUCUGUGUCUGCGCUCACGUCUACAUGCAGCUCGAGGGUCCACGCAAACACAGCCAGCAUCAUCACAGGAGCGUCGCCACGGCAACAGAUGCUGCAGCGGAUGCUGGAUCCACCUGCUGCUCAGCGCUGCAUCAUCAGAGACGGAGAGUUUCUAGAUGGAAGAUCAGGCUCGAGCCGUGGGCCGCAGACACUGGAGGUUUUCAGGAGGAAGCGGAUCGGUUCCUCAGAUACAUCUCCACUCCGCAGCUGUCCUGCCAGAGACCCGCGUCUGUGCCGCCCGUGUUUGACGCAGAGCAUCAUGGGUCGUGGCUGCUGUGUUUGGACCGCAGGUUCAGUCUAGCGCAGCGCAUCGUGUCCAAACACUGUCGUGUCUACUCGCUCAGGCUGGGAGCAGAGGAUGAUUCUCUGGAGCGUGUGUUGGCCGGCUCUGGCUGUGAGGUUCACUGUUUUGACCCCAGCAUCAGACGAGCUCAUCUGCAGGAAGAUAACAUGUGGCUCCAUCGCCUCUCAGUGGACUGGAGGGACCCGAACCCCGCCGUCCCCGUCCAGAGACUCCACAGCGGCUCCAAGAAGCUCUCCGCCAUCCUCAGCCACUUCGGACACAGACGGGUGGACGUCCUGAAGGUGGAUCUGGAAAGUGCGGAGUGGAAGAUCCUGGAGAACCUGAUCCUGGAGCAGGUGCUGGACUCGGUCGGUCUGCUGCUGCUGGAGCUGCACCUGCAGUGGGCGGGGUUUGAGGUGGGCGGGGACGAGCCUUCGGUGGUCCGCUAUUGGUUCAGUCUGCUGAAGGAGCUGGAGCGCGCUCACUUCCGCCUCUACCACAGCUACAGCGACCCGAGCAAGCCCCGCCUCUUCCUGCACAGAAACCUCUGGAACACCAGCAGCUCCUUCACCCUGGGCUGGGUCAACACACGCUUCACGCUCUGA